AUGGUCUUCCUUCUUCAAACAAGGGUUGGGACUCCUUUGUCUUUCACGCUGAAGAUUCUUAUAGUUCGUGGGGAUAUUUUGCGUAAAUUGGAGAUUAUUGACAGUAUCAAGGAUGAUACAUACCCAAUAGGAGUCAUCCUUACUGAAGAAGUCUCUAAGUGGUUGCCUACCCUCUGCUCAUCUUCUGCUCUGAAAAUUAAAGAAAUAGUAAUUGAGGUCAAGUUGGAUGAUUUGACCAUCAAUUACAAAGAUUAUUUGAAGAGUUUUAAUACCGCAAACGAUCCAUUGGUCAUUAAAGAGAUUUCUCCUACCCAAAUUAAAGGUCUUAGAGCCAUGAUUGACGCUCAUGACUAUGAGGCCCUUUUGACCCAAAGGCAUGAAAGUCUUCAAACUGCUGAAGCUAUAGCUCAAAGCUCUACUGCCCCUAGUACUACCAUUUGCCCUUUAGGUUUUGUAACCCCUUCAUCUGAGUUUGCUCCCCCUUUUCCUCAUCAAACUGAUAUUGACCAAAUUGUGUAUAAUGCCAAACCUAUUCAAUCUAUUUCGACCGACUCUAUUAUUGUGCAUUUUGAAAAAGGAUUUUUUAAGAUCUCUACACCCCUAACUGAACUCACUAAAAGGAAUCAGCAGUUUUUGUGGACAGACAAUUGUGAAGCAAGCUUUCAAGAGCUAAAACAGAGAUUGAUUAUAGCUCUAGUAUUAGCCCUACCAUCAGAUAGAGAAAAGUUUAUAGUUUACUGCGAUGCAUCCAAACAGGGUCUGAGGGGUUGUGUUCUAAGUGAUGUGGAACUUAGAAAUGAGAUUCUUGAGGAAGCUCAUACCACUCCUUAUUCACUGCAUCCUGGCACUACCAAGAUGUACCAAGAUUUAAGACCCUACUACUGGUGGUGCGGGAUGAAGAAAGAUGUGGUAGAAUUUGUAUUUCGAUGUUUAACUUGUCAGCAGAUUAAGGCUGAGCAUCAGAGACCGGUGGGAUUAUUGCAACCACUGGCACUUCCUGAGUGGAAGUAUGAGGAUGCCACUAUGGAGUUAGUGGUUGGGUUACCUAGAACCACGAAAAUGUACGAUUCAAUUUGGGUUGUGGUAGAUCGAUUUACGAAGCCUGCACAUUUUCUACCGGUAAAAACAACAUUUACAGUGGAUCAAUAUGCAAAGUUAUAUGUGAAAGAGAUAGUGAGGUUACAUGGCGCUCUAAAGUUCAUUAUAUGGGAUAGAGAUCUAAAGUUUACCUUGAAAUCUGGCAGAGUCUUCAGCGGGCUAUGGUUACCAAACUAA